GCUGCUUCCUGUUUUGGAGCACAGUGCAGACAGGGAAGUUUCUGAGGUGACAGCGGUGAGGACUCCGUGCGGUUCUGGAGCGGUGGUCCCGGGCUGUGCUGGAGUGAGGGACCCGGACACUGGUUUCCUAUCCACCGGAUAACGGUUCACCAUGGAGGAGGAUGAGGCUCCGCUGAUUUACCCGUCGCUGUUUGAAGAAUGCACAAAGAAUCACUUUAGCGCUGUGGAUGCCAGGUCCCGGAGGCCUUUUCACAUAGAACCGACAUACAUCACCAGCAUCAAUGACGACCCCCCCAGAGUUACUUCUCAUGCUGCAGCUAUGAAUAAACGCAUCCACUACUACAGCAAGCUGGGUCCUCCGUCUGAAUCCUCCCUGAUUGCUCCAGUUCAUGUGAUUCCUGCGCCAGAAGAAAUCUAUGUUUACAGUCCUUUCGGAACCGCUUUAAAAAUUCACGGUGGAGACGGCUCGGAGACGAACUCCAGCAUAGUCACAAUAUUUAUGAUCUGGAACACAAUGAUGGGAACGUCAAUUCUCAGCAUUCCCUGGGGAAUUAAGCAGGCCGGAUUCACAACUGGAGUCGUGGUCAUUUUCCUGAUGGGUCUUUUAACCCUUUACUGCUGCUAUAGGGUGGUGAAGUCCCAAGGGACAAUACCUUCCAUCGACACCUCACACCUGGAGUUUCCUGACGUUUGCCAGUAUUAUUUCGGAUCCUUUGGGCGUUGGUCCAGUCUCCUCUUCUCUCUGGUGUCGCUGGUUGGGGCGAUGAUUGUAUACUGGGUGCUGAUGUCAAACUUCCUUUUUAAUACAGGAAAAUUUAUUUAUAAUUCUGUUCAUCACAUCAAUGUCACAGAAAUCGGGCUGAGCACAAAUGGAAGUGACAGAGUUAUUUGCCCGAGCAGUGGAGACCAUACUCCGCUCAAUGAAACCGUGGACGUGUUCUCUGGAAACGGAACUGGAUUCCAGCAGUUUGAAGAGUGGUGGAGUAAAGGGAAUACCGUUCCUCUGUAUCUCAUAGUCAUUCUCUUGCCGCUCCUUAACUUCCGUUCUCCAUCGUUUUUUGCUAAAUUUAAUGUCUUGGGCACAGUCUCUGUACUCUACUUGGUGUCUCUUGUGACGUAUAAGGCCAUUCGUCUUGGAUUUCAUUUUGACUUCCAUUGGGAUGAAGUACAAGAAUAUUUUGUUCCUGAAUUCAGGUUGUCCUUCCCUCAGCUGACGGGGAUCCUGACUCUUGCGUUCUUCAUACAUAACUGCGUCAUUACCCUCCUAAAGAACAACAGAAAUCCUGAGAAUAACAUGAGAGAUCUCUCAGUCGCUUACCUGCUUGUCGGCUUAACUUACAUGUAUGUUGGGGUGAUGGUAUUUGGCUCCUUCCCGUCUCCCCCUUUGACCAAGGAUUGCAUUGAGCAGAACUUUCUGGAUAAUUUUCCAAGUGACGAUAUCCUAUCAUUUAUUGCAAGAAUAUUCUUACUCUUUCAAAUGAUGACGGUCUACCCGCUGCUGGGAUAUCUGGUCCGAGUGCAGCUUUUGGGACAUGUUUUUGGGAACACUUAUCCGAGCUUCUACCAUGUCCUGGGACUUAACAUUGUUCUUGUCGGCUUCGGAGUCCUCAUGGCCAAACUCUACCCGAAUAUCGGGGGCAUUAUCAGGUUUUCGGGAGCUGCCUGUGGUCUUGCAUUCGUCUUCGUUUACCCCUGUCUGAUCCACAUGAUAGCCUUGUAUCGCAGCCAGCAGCUGAGGUGGUACUCUGUGGUCACACACGUCUGUAUAAUUGUCCUAGGGAUCGCCAACCUCAUUGCACAGUUUCUCAUGUGAAGAACGUUUGGACGUAAACAGCAUGAAGAACAUUGUUCACUGUUCCGGGGGACUCAAGCAGAUAAAACCUGCAGCUUGACUCUCUGUGAACUCCUAGUACAGCACAAGCAUAUACAAAACAAGGAGGUCAGCGUACCGUCGCACAGCGGCAGGACUGACUCUGCAACGUGCUGCAGUUAUCACGCUACUCAAAGAAAGUAGCAGUUUUAUUUAAAAAUAAUUCUGACAGAGUGGGGACCUCUUUAUACAGAGUAUUCCCUGCUAUGACGUGGAAGCUUCCUCUCUAUCGCAGAUAGAGACAACGGUCGAGAUUAGUAGACCUGUGGACAUCACCACAAAAUACUGAUUGCUCAAAGGGAAAGGAUCGAUUUUUUAUUUUAUUUUAUUUUUUGUGAUUUUUAUUUCUUCCAAAGAAAAAUAAGCUGACACUUCCGGUUCUGCAGUCGUCUCAUUAUCAUCACAGCCAAGAUUACAAUGACCAGUAAUACCUCUAUAUGGAAUAGAGGUAUUACAAUAGAUGAUGGUUACAUCUUAUCUACUUCCCCUCCCUGGACAUUGACCAUUAAGUCUCAUAAUAGGUUGGUGUGUCCUUGUCUGUGGAGAUCACUUUACAGCAGUUAUCUCAUUAUCAUCACGAGUAAGAUUACAAUGACUGGUAAUACCUAUAUAUAGGUAACAGCAUCCACCAUUCACAAUAUAUGAUGGUUAUAUCUUCUAUACUUCCCCCUCCCUGCAAAAUGACCAGUGAGCUUCAUAAUAGGUUGCCAUCUGUGUAUGACCACUUCUCAGCAGUGGUCUCAUUAUCAUCACGCAGGGUUGCAGUGGCCUAUAAUAUAGGUAACCCAGAAUAAACCACUGACAAUAGACGACGGACACAGCUGAACUCCCCCUCCCUGCACAAUGACCUCUGCACAGGUCGCAGAGCAUGCCCACAACACUCUCCCAUAGAAGUCAUUGAGUUUUCUGACCGAGGUUUAUUGCGUUUUUGUGACUGUUGUAAAGCAAAUCUUUGGAGGUUAUGUACACAGUUCAGACAAGAUGGCUGCCUCCAUGUACAGAAAACAGAGCAAUAAAAUCAGAUAUAACCGGGAAAUAAAAUAGUUUAGAAAAAGAGAA